CAUAUAUGUCAUUCACCAAUCAUUUGUUUUUGUCGUUAUCACAAUUUUAUUAAAUCCCUUAGUUUUUCCUAAUAAUCUAAGAAAAAUGACUUCACCAAAUAAUAAAUACAUUCAAGUUGCUGGUAGUACCGAAGGAAUUACGAGUAGCGACAAGGUUGUGCAAGAUAUUUUAAAUACAUUUACAGAUUUACGACAUUACUCCAGGGAAAUCGAAAAUGAACUAAAAAGCACAGAAGAUGAAUCGAUUAAGGUAUAUAUGAAAGAAAGUGAAAACAUAGCAAGUUUACACAAUCAGAUAUCUGCUUGUGAUCAAAUAUUGGAAAGAAUGGAAAAUAUGCUUCUCGAUUUUCAAAACGAUCUCGGUAGUAUCAGUUCGGAAAUAUUAACAUUACAAAAAAAAUCGAUUUCGAUGAGUCAAGAAUUGACAAACCGUCAAGCAAUCAGAGGUCAACUAAGCCAAUUUAUCGAUGAUAUUAAAGUACCGGAAACUUUAAUUAUGGGAAUAAUGGAUUUUAAUGUUACAGAUAAAGAAUUUUUGACACAAUUGCAAAUUUUAAAUCACAAAAUCAGUUUUAUCAAAGAACAGAGUUUCAAAGAUACCAAAUCGUGUUUAGAUGUAAAAGAUAUAUUAGAAAAACUCAGGAUAAAAGCAAUGACAAAAAUCAGAACUUAUUUAUUGGAACAAAUUUCGAAAUUUAGAAAACCGAUGACAAAUUAUCAAAUACCGCAAAACAAUUUACUCAAAAAUAAAGGGCAUUACGAGUUCUUACUCUCCAACGAAAGAAACAUUGCUGAAGAAAUCGCAAACGAAUAUAUAGAUACCAUGAGUAGAAUUUAUUAUUCGUAUUUUAAAUCGUACGAUAGCAGAAUAAUGAAAUUACAAUACGAAGAAAAUAUAACAGGCGACGAUCUCAUGGGCAUUGAAGAUACAGCGACUAGGGGUAUCUUCAACAAAUCACUUAAACAUAAAACUACAGUUUUUUCAAUUGGUAAUAGAGGAGACGUAUUAGCGCAACAAUUGGAAGCGCCUAUUAUUGUACCGCACGCAGAAACAAAAAAUAGGUUUCCUUUCGAGGCUUUAUUUAGGAGUGUACAAUAUGCUUUAGUGGACAAUGCUUGUAGGGAAUAUCUUUUCAUUAGCGAAUAUUUUAUGGUAAAAAAUCAGGCGGCACUCGAUUUAUUUUACAAGAUUAUGGAAAAAACUCUCACCCUACUUCAGAAAAACCUAAAAACGUACAUUUCAUCUUGCUACGAUUCAAUAGCGAUAUUUUUGUGUUUCCAUUUGGUGCUGAGGUAUAAAAUAAUGUGCCACAAAAGGUGUGUACCGGCAUUAGAUACACAUUGGGAUAUUUUGGAGGGUAUACUUCUCCCGAGGUUUGAAUUCGUCGUACAACUUAAUAUAAAGAGUAUUAGAGAUUGCGACGUAACGAAAUUUAAUCUCGAAUUAGGACCACAUUAUAUCGCUAGAAGGUACGCCGAAUUUAGCGCGGCGUUGGUUAGUAUAAGCGAAAAUUUCCCCAACGAAAUAGUUAGUAAACUUUUGGCCGAGCUCCAAGAAGAAGUGGAAAUGUUUAUACUGAGAAUGGCGGGGGCGUUUACCGACCGUAAAGAUCAACUAAUAUUCUUAAUCAACAAUUACGAUAUGAUUUUGAAUAUAAUCAUGGAAAGGACGAGGGAUAAUUCGAAAGAAGCCGAAAUAUUUAAAUCGAGAUUGGCCGCCCGAAGCGGGGAAUACGCCGAACAAAUUUUAUUCCCGCAUUUCGGUGAAAUGAUUCAGUACGUUAAAGAGUGCGAACAUUAUUUCGAGAAUUCAAAGUUGAAGGAGUUGAAAGCUUUGGAACCGAAAUCUGUGGAUAUCGUACAAAGUUUUACGAAUAAUUGGAAAAAAUCGUUGGAGGAUCUUAAUAGAGAAGUUUUAAUAUCGUUCCCAAAUCUCGUUACAGGGUCUAGUUUACUACAAUUGGCUCUUACUCAAUUAGUGCAAUAUUACCACAGGUUCCAUAAGUUACUCACCCCGACAGUGCGAUCGCAAUUAGUCAAUAUACAUCUCAUAAUGGUCGAAAUGAAGAAAUAUAAAACGUCAUUUUAAAUAAAAUAUUUUCGCUUA